AAGAUGUUUGCGGACCCACACGCAUUUGAGCUACUAUAAUGCAGAUUGGAGUGAUAGCGAUACUGGCUGUGGUAGGAUGCUCGGUCCGGGUCACAGACAGCGCAUCUACGGUUUACGGUUACGUCGGGGCAAAUGUCUACUGCUACCAGUCAUCCGCGUUGCUACGUUAUAUCUCAAACCAACGCUAUGCCUACCAAUGCGCGGCUUUUUGUAACAGUUACAGUACUUGCCAAUCAUACUUUCAUCACUAUAGCUAUAGGAGAUGCUACCUUUACAAGAUUAAGUGUCCGACAACCAUUUUCAGGUAUUGGGGAUAUUGGUACUACGAGUACCAAGAAAAAGCAUCCUUAUCGUAUCUUCAUCGCCCGGAAAAUCUUGCUUUCAAAAAAACGACGAAGAUCUCGUCCGUGGCGUCGACCUCGUAUGGGUCAGCGCGAGCGGUGGACGGGAAUCGGGAGAGCAACGAAGUUCGGUUCUCCUGCGCAGUUUCCUUCCUGAAGAAAACCAACCCCCACUGGUGGUAUGUGGACCUGGGCAAGACAUAUGAUGUCGGUUCAAUCUUUUAUCUGAACGGAAUGACAUAUUAUCAAGCUGCCAACACCAAGAUCUACGUUACCGCUACGGUAGCGCAGACUGGCGACAAACUGGCCUGGACGAAUGGGACAGAGUGCGGCUCUAUUGGGUCUACCAAGCUGGAUGUGUCAAAAGGGGGCAGCAAGUGGUUCCACUGCCCGGAACCUGCUCACGGCCGAUAUGUCAUAUUUUACAAGAAACCUGCUGAUUAUUAUCUUACAUUGUGCGAGGUGGAAGUCUACCGUCGGAAUAUCAUACAUAAUGACGUGAGUUGUGAGAAAAGUGCGGAUAUGUACGGCGCCCUUCAGACUAACAUGGAGCCAUCCAGGUGCGUGGACGGCUGGGGAAGUCAGUACUUCGAGAACGGGGCAGUGUUCCGAUCUGUGCUAAAAGACCCAGGCAUCUACAAGUGGUGGAUGGUGGACUUGGCUACGACCUUCCAGAUCAGGAAGGUGUCGCUUUCGUCCGUCAUGUACUUCAGCGUCAUCGACAAACAAUACCUCUUGGGCUACACGACCGUCUACACAUCGAAUAAAUUCACCAAAAACGAGGUCACUCUUCCUUCGGGGAUGAAGGGAAUUGACAUGGACGGGUAUAAAGAAUGUGCGGGGAUUGGCCAACCCGCGCUGAAACCUGGCGAACACAUUUCCUUGUUUUGCCCCGACAAACAGCUGGCUAGGUUUGUUAUCAUCAUAAAGGCCUACGCUAGCAUGAAGUCAUUAGCGAUUAGUAAUGUGGAGGUGCUGGGACAUGCACCGAACGGAGACAACCUCGCCCUGUUCAAACAAGCCAUGCAGGUGGACAACACCGCCCUCGGUAACAGCGUCUCCGCCAAAGCCGUCGAUGGUGCGAUUGCCCCGCAGUCAUUCGCCGCAAAGAAGUGCAUCUCGACCACUGGUACGGCUGCUAAGGAUUGGUGGACGGUAGAUCUGCUAAAGGUGUACAGGAUUCAUCAGGUCAUACUGACAACUCUUCAGGAUAAACCACUGAGCGAUUUAAAAAUUGUCUCCUCGGUUGACUUCGACCCCGCAGCGAUAGAUAGCAAGAGUUACCUACCCUGUUAUGAAUCACCAGCCGGGUGGUCAAUUCCGGCAGGAAUGUCUUGGCAGACCAAGUGCAAACCUAACUACGGUCGAUACGUCACCGUGAUGGGGACGAAGAAGGGUCCGUUGUACUUCUGCGAAUUCGAAGUUUAUGGCGCGAAACACGAUGCAAAUUUGGCCUAUGCUGGCCCAUCCAAGCAGAGUUCAACCUACUGGCAUUAUGACCCCAUUCUGGCUGUUGACGGUGACGCUUCUCCUGACUUCUCCAAGAAGACCUGUUCACAAACCUUGAAGACCCAGACAGGACCCAAGUGGUGGUCGGUGGAUUUACGGGCUACAUACAGAAUUAGCCGCCUGAAGAUAUCUAAUGUCAAGUCUUGUGGCUCCAAUUGUUUACGGAAGUUUAAAAUCCUUGUGACGGAUUCGUUUAACUCCGCCAGCUACUCCAGUAAUACGUUCCAGACCUGCUUCGACUACACUGGCACUAUGGUCAGUCCCUCCGUAGAGAGCUUGACGUGCACGUCAGCCGUCAACGGGAGAUUCGUCAUCAUUGAGACAUCAGAUACGUCAUAUGCGCUGACCAUUUGUGAAGUGGAGAUCUACACUGCUCUGAUAUGGCCAAAUAUUGCCCUAAAGAAGACUGCCUCUCAAAGUAGCAACCAAGCCGGGACUGGAGGCCGAGCUGGUCUCGCGGUGGACGGGUGGAGGAACCCGAACUAUGACGAAGGGUCCUGCGCGAUGACCGGCGGUAAGGACUCGUAUGAAUGGAUCGGGGUUGACUUGGCGGCAAGCUACAUUAUCAGGAAGGUGACGGUGACGAAUCGGAACAAAUGGGCCAGCCUCAUGAAGGACGUUUACGUCAGCGUCGUCGAGAAAUUUGACUCUUCAAAAUUUGCCUCCAACUACUUCAAGACAUGCGCAGUGAUCAAAUCCAUGACUUCCGGUGAGACAAGGUCAAUGCAUUGCGAAAGUGCCCUUGUUGGACAGCACGUGGUAUUAAGAAAGAACAACUUCUAUAAGAACAGUCCGUUGAGUGUGUGCGAGCUAUCGGUGUAUGGUUCGCCUUACAGAGAGAACUUGGCACUGAAAAAGAAAGCGUACCAGAGUAACGCAAUGUUUGCUCAAUCCAAGCCAUCCAUGGCUGUAGAUGGUGUGCUCUCCCCUGACUACCACUUGGGGAAGAGGUGUUCCAGUACAGCAGGGAAGCUUGCUACGGAGUGGUGGGCGGUGGACUUGGUCAAGACGUAUACAGUCAGUGGUAUGGUCAUGAUGGCCAGCGCCAAGUGCCCCUCAUGCGGCUUCGACGCCCACAAGGGCCUUGAUGGAGUAGAAGGCAGAAUCACCAGAGAACUCUUCACCAAUGACGUAUUCAGGACAUCAUACUUACCCUGUUUCAAGAAUGACAAGACACUGUACCCAGGGGAGGCUGUGAAGGCCACGUGCAUAGGGGGCGCCAGAGGUCGCUUCGUCCUGUUUCUGAAGUCGCCCGCGCAGAACAAACCCUUGGUACUUUGCGAGGUUGAGGUGUUCGGGAAGAUCUACACGUACAACAAAACCAAUCUUCUGCUUAACAAAAUCGCCAAAGUUUCCACAGAAGGCUCCGGAAGGGCGGACUCAUCUCAAGGGGCCAAUGACGGGGUACCAAACCCGAAGAUUGCUGGAGGAUCUUGCGCCCAGACCAAGGGGGUCAACCCUUAUGAAUGGUGGAUGGUUGACAUGGAUGAUUACUAUAACAUCAAACGAGUCAUCAUAGCAAACAGUGCUGACUCGGGUGACGACAACUUGGUGGGCGUGGACAUCUUGCUGACUAUGGACUUCAACCAGGAAGACUUGAACAUCCGCUACCCAGGGGCGUAUUUUGCCCCAAGCUCGACAUCUGGUUCAUCCCCUUCAUCCGGGGGAUCAAAUACUACAUCCAACAGCUCUACAGUGACCACGACGAAUGCACCAGCCGGCGGGUCAUGGACUUUUGAAACCUGCGCACAACUUAACAAAACAGUCGCUCCUGGACAAUACGUGGACAUCACGUGCACCAAUAACGUGACUGGACGGUUCAUGAUCAUCAUAAAGAACAACACUGUCAAUAAUACGUUGGUUUUGUGUGAGGUUGAGGCGUUUGGGAACUGGGUAUACGUCCCAACGACUGCACCGCCGCCAACUGCAAGCACGAGUGAGUCGCCGUCGCCUUCCCCGCCACCGACCCCGGCGCCGGUGAAGACGACCAAAAAGCCAGUGACCGAGCCGGAGCCAGAACCGAGUGGCGCCGGGGCAAUAGUGGGUGCCGUCGUCGGUAUCCUCGCCUGUUCGGGUGCUGGGGUCGGGUGCUUCUUCGGCUACAAGCAGUUCAUGGCGAAGAAGGCCGCAACUCCGGUGGCGAGGAAGAUAUCGGUCAAGGAAGCUUCGGAACCUUCGGAGGCGGACGACACGAGUGAGACUGACAGGCGACCCGCAUCAGUCUCGUCCAUUCUGACGACCGUCAAUCAUGAAUAGGGUCAUAUGAAAAUACAUUCUAUAUUCUAUUUUCAAGACCCUAAAAUAGCGAAGGUUGUGUUCGCUUGUGUAUUUUUUAGUAUCCCUGUCUUGUACAGAUACAAAUUUUAUCCAUAAGUAGGCAACCGAAGGAAUAUUUUCACGAAUGACUAUUUUGACUUUAGUAGAAGAAUCAGGUGGCAAGUUUUUCAUGAAAGUUGUAUUUGUAUUCAGAUACAAAUUUUAUCCAAAAGUAGGCAACCGAAGGAAUAUUUUCACGAAUGACUAUUUUGACUUUAGUAGAAGAAUCAGGUGGCAAGUUUUUCAUGAAAGUUGUAUUUGUAUUCAGAUACGAGUAAAAUUUAAAAUUAGACAGUGUAUACUAUGCAAUUUGUGAAGACAAGAGUUUUUGUUGAUUUACUAGGUGGUUUCUACUGAUUCAAGACGAGGUCUGUGCUGACUCCAGAGUUAGUUCUUUCAUCGCCAGAAUCAAUUUCUUAACAAUAUAUAAGAAACAGUAUCGACUAUAAAAGCGCCAAGCUAAAACUAUAAGAAGCAACAUCGUGUAAGCAGUACAACCGGGCCCUUGAAGUAAGCUCUUGGAGACAAUUUGUACCCCUUCGACUAAACUGCACAUGCCGAAGGAGUUGAAGAAGAACCAAUGUGCAUUUGAUUUUCCCCUUCUUUUUC